UAUCUUUUAAAUGUAUUCGAAGUCGUAUCUGUAGGAUAUUAUGAAUUUGAUAUAUUGAAAAGAUGGGUGUAAAACUUAAACGACGGGAUAUAGUAAAAUUAGUGACUUGUAAGAUAUGUGAACGCUCAAUGACUAAACCGAAAUGUUUGAAUUGUAUGCAUUCAUUUUGUGAGCCGUGUUUAUCCGCAUAUAUCAUAAAGCUAGUAGAGAGCGAGGGUAAAUCUUUACAAUGUUUUAAAUGUCCGUCUUGCCAAGCAGAUAAUAAAAUUCCUGAUACGUCAUUGCCAAUCGAAUCUUGGGUACGUUUAUUUUCACCAAGUGCAAUCGUUACUUUUCUCUUGGAGAAAAUGUCUUUGGAAAAUUCUCAGAAGUGUGAUCCUUGUAAGCGAGGUGACAUCAUGCUGGAUGCUACGUCAUGGUGCAAAGAUUGCGGUGAAGCUCUGUGUGAGAACUGUGCAAGUUAUCACACUAAAGUCAAAAUGCUGAUGGAUCAUACAAUUGUUACAUUAGACGAAAUGCGAAAGCAACCUAAACAGAUUACCGACACUGGCGAGUUGUGCUCCCAACAUGGAGGAAAAUACGUGGAAGCGUUUUGUGACGACCAUGAUGCUAUAUGCUGCGUCGAGUGCAUUACAGAAAAUCACAGGCAGUGCAAAACGGUCCGUACUUUAGAACAAGCUUCUCUUGGUAUCAAAACAAAAUUGGACCCGUUAGUUUUUAGAAUGAAUGAAUUAGAAAAACAAGCUGUUUCCGUUGUUGAAGACAGAAAAACCAACAUGGACGACAUUUUGAAACAAAAGGAAGACAUUCUUACUGAAGUAAAUAAAACAAGGACAGACAUGCAAAGUUACUUUGAAACACUAGAAACAAAACUGAAAGAAGAAAUAACACAAACACACGAGUCGUUGUCCGAAGAACUUCAAUUACAGGCUCAAAAUUUCGAACAUAUAUUUAACAAUUGCGAUAAUGGAAAAAGAGUUCUUACUGCCUCCGUAGAUUAUGGAUCUGACAGAGAUAUCUUCCUAACUGCUUUUAAACUCAGAAAACAAUGUGAACGUCAUGAAAUUUACAUCAGAUCACAAAGUGAGAACAUUUUACGCCAUGACUAUAGCUUACAUAUGAAUGAAAUCAUCAAAACCUUCACGGAUCAAAUUAAAAGCAUGGGAAACGUAUCAAUAGAACAAAAACCAACCAACAUAGUACCUUCAUUCUACAAAGAUAUGCAUGUUUCAGUUGUAGCAAACAUGUCGGGUAAAUCUUGGUCUGAUACUGGCCAUUGUUGGUUUACCGGUGGAAUAUUCUUACAAGGUGGUUUAAUCGUAAUGGCGGAUUACCGCAACCGGAAGUUAAAGUGCUUCAAUACGACUUAUACGAUGACAAAUGAGUUAGUUCUAGAGGACAAUCCAUGGGACGUGUGUUUUCUAGAAAGUGAUGAUUUAGAAGGUGACACUAUGCUGGUAACAUUUCCAAAUGAUUCAAAUGCAAAAGUCGUGAAGAUAGAUAGUGGAGGGAAGAUGGUUCUACAAGAUGACGAGUAUGAAAUUGGCAGUGGUGGACAUGGCUUACACAGAAAUGGGGAUCGGAUAUAUAUAGCUUGUUCAAAUGAGAUUAGGAUGCUAAGUUUGAAAACAAAAUCUAUUUCGACUAUGCCUGUGGGAAAUCGAGGAGCGAGAUAUGUGCUUAGUACAAAGGCAUCAAGCAUUUGUUAUUCUACAAAGGCAUCCGUCACAUGUCAUGAUAAGAAAGGACAAGAAAUAUUUCGAUAUAAAGACCCGGAACUUCGUUCUCCACGUGGUAUAGCAGAAGACGCAGAGGGAAAUAUUUAUGUUUGUGGAAUUGAUUCAAAUAAUGUGCACCAGCUACUUCCAGACGGUACAUUUGUCAAAAUUGCCCUGUCUGGCAAGGAUGAUAUAAACAAUCCGUAUGCCAUUCUAUUCCAACAAGACAGCACACGAUUUAUUGUUACUCAAAUGGACUCCGAUAUAGUCAAAGUUUACGAACUUAUCACUAUGUGGUAGACAUACUUCAGUAUAUGAUACGAUUGUGCGUAAAUCGUUUUUCGAUG